CAAAAAUGUCGGAAAAACUCGGUUUUGAAGAAUUACGAGCAAAGUACAAGGACGUUCUCUCGAAAGCGUUUGCAACAAACAACAUCGAUUUGCUGGAUUCAUUUUCAAAGACGACCAAUGAAAAUGAUAGGAAAGCAGCUAUGGACCAGGCUUUUCGAGACAAACUAUUAGAGCUGUUAAUUGAGGAACCUCAUACCCUCGAAAAUUACGUUUGUUUCUGCAUAGAGUCAUGUAGACGACAUAUGGUAACCCCAACCAUGCCAGUAGUUCUACUAGGUGACAUUUUUGAUGCUCUAACACUAAAUAAAUGCGAGAAAAUGUUCACGUAUGUUGAGAAUGGAGUCAACAUUUGGAAAGAAGAAUUGUUCUUCGUAGCUUGUAAGAAUAACUUGUUAAGGAUGUGCAACGAUUUACUAAGACGACUAUCACGAUCACAGAAUACAGUUUUUUGUGGACGUAUAUUGUUAUUCUUGGCUAAAUUCUUCCCAUUUUCUGAACGAUCUGGGUUGAACAUUGUUUCCGAGUUCAAUCUAGAAAAUAUAACAGAAUUUGGAGGAGAUAACAAAAGUACUUUGAAAGAUGCUCUAGAUGAGGAGAUGGUCGUAGACAAGGAGAAAAAGCUGACCAUAGAUUACAAUUUGUACUGUAGGUUUUGGAGCCUACAAGACUUUUUCAGGAGUCCCAAUUCUUGUUACAAUAAGUUGCAAUGGAAAACUUUUGUUGCACAUUCUGGUAGUGUACUGUCUGCAUUCUCAUCAUGCAAGUUAGAAGCUGUCGAGCUACAGAAAUCUAAGCUGAACAGACUGAAAGCUGUCAACACCGACAUUGAGAUGCACGAGUCCAAAGAACAACAUUAUUUUGCCAAAUUUCUUACCAAUCAGAAACUUUUGGAGCUACAACUGUCGGAUUCUAAUUUCCGGAGAUGUGUGCUCAUACAGUUCCUAAUAUUAUUCCAGUACUUGACUUCUACUGUAAAGUUUAAAAUGGAAUCUCAAGAGUUAAAAGCGGACCAAGCCGAAUGGGUAAAAGAGACGACAUCUCUGAUAUACCGUCUUCUUAGUGAAACGCCUCCGGACGGUAAACGUUUCGGCGAAUGUGUUAAGCGCAUACUGAAAAGAGAGGAGCAUUGGAAUAGCUGGAAGAAUGAUGGCUGCCCAGAGUUUCAGAAACCAAAGCCACCGCCACAGUCAGAUUCUCAAGAGGAAGUGAAGAAAUCAAAAAAACGCAGACGACCUGUCGGAGACAUUGUUAAGGAGUACGAGAGUCAAGACAAAUUCUAUAUGGGAAAUAAUGAACUGACGAAGCUAUGGAAUCUAUGUCCAGAUAAUCUAGUAGCUUGCAAAACCAAAGAGAGGGAUUUCAUGCCAUCUUUAGAAUCGUUCAUGGUGACGGGCGCCGAGACCGUGGGCGGCACGCGUCGCACCAACAACGGCGGCUGGGGCUGGCGCGCGCUGCGGUUGCUGGCCCGGAGGUCGCCGCACUUCUUCGUACACACUAACAACCCUAUUGGGCGGUUGCCUGAUUAUCUGGAUGACAUGGUGAAACGUGUCACGCGCGAAGCCCAAAUGAAAGCUGAAGCCAGCUCCAAUGGGGAAUCUUCAAACAACUUAUCGGAUAAGACUUCUAAACAGAAGAUCGGUUCCUGGAAUUCUGAGCCCAACGAAGAAGAGAUUACUGAGGAACAAAUGGAAGCUGACCUCAUAAAGGAGGGAGACACUGCCGAUAUUGAACAGGUACCCGACUCAACACACGCCGGCGAAGACGAUUACGACAAAACAACCCGAUCUCGUAUCACCACAACGCUGACAUCAUCACAGCUUGAAGCAGUAUCCGCCAAACUCACCGACUGGAAAAAACUCGCCGCCAAACUAGGCUUUAAGACUGACGAAAUACAGUUCAUAGAGACAGAGAACGCUACUGAUCCAGCCAGAGCUAAAAAUUUGCUACAAUUAUGGUUCGAUGAUGACGAAGACGCGUCUGUAGAGAACCUUCUGUACAUCAUGGAGGGAUUGAAAUUGGUGGAUGCAUGCGAGGCCCUCAAGAACGCAAAAUGACGAAAGGCUAAACGUUGCAAGCGACUGGUUCUGUGGACAAGUGGUAUUAGUAAUAAAAAUAAUAUAUAAGUCUUUUUUCUUUCUUAUUUCUU